AUAUAUAUAUAUACAGGGUUCUGACAAUUGGAGGGAACUCGCGAGCCAGCGUGUUUGUGUUGUGUUGUUAGCGCCGUUGUUUGUACACGCGUCAAGUGCGAAAAAAAAAAAAAAACAUUUUAAUAUCACGCGAUCGACCAAUAGUGGCUUGGCGAGCGACCGGUCGAUCGCGAUCGAUCGCGAUCGACGUAUUGGGCACCCCUGAUUUAGACCCAUCCCAUUUGAUUUGACACAAAACGACUCACAAUCAAGAAGAUGAUACGAUUUUAGUUUCUAAGAAUCAAAUUGUUCGCAACCGACACAUCAGAAGAAUAAUUAAUAUUCCAGAUUUUGCAUCUUGUCACUACAUUAAAAUCAGAACUAUACCUGUUGUUCUUUAAAUAUAGUGUAGAACCAUAAUGUCAAACUAGAUGGACGCUUUUGAUUUGUCUCAAAAUCUGCAGUCAUGUGGGGUGAUAAUGCUGAAUAUGUCUCCCUCCUGUGGUGAAACCCUGAACAUACAUGUCAUGCGUGUAUCGAAAUGCAGUGACAAGCGCUCACAAAGCCAAGUGUCUAUUGGUUAAGUGUGAUGAAGCAACCUUGUGAUUGGCUGAAAUCUGGUGUCGUCAGAGCAACCCGGAACACAUCGUACUUGUGCAGCAAAUUGUGUAAGUGUCCGCUGUACCGUGCUGAGAGACAAUAAAUAGAUUUUUUUUCAACGUGGCAUAUUAUAAUAAAGUCUUGUUUUUAAACCAAGUUCAACAAGUAUCUCAGUUCAGUCAUGCCGACGUCUCCAGUUAAAACGCGCAUUCCCCUCACUAGUUUUGGCCACUUGAUAACAGAGGUGAAGAGACAGCUAUUUGGCAUUAAAGCACCAGCACCGGCGGAGCUGACCGGUUUGAGAAAGUACUUCAACGGCUACACGCUGCAGGGGCGCCGAAAUUGCGUCUUGGCUACUUAUGCUAUCUUGCUGGUAACGGCGACGGCCUAUUUCAUACACAGGCAAGACAAAAAACAAGCUGUGAAGGACUGCACUGCCUGAAAAAAAAAAAGAUCAUAGUUAAGUUUGUGAUCCAUUAUUUAUUAUGUGAAAGAAACAAAAGAGACCAUAUAAAAAGACACAACAGUGCAUGGCUAGACAAUUUUAUCAAGUGUUUUCUUUUUUUUCCCGUACCACUUGGCCUGCGGUCCACAUUGCACUAUAGUAGUAAGAACAGUCAACAAUCACUGCUUUUAUUGUGCACCGCCAGUACAAAAAUGUCAUGUCCGCCAACCAAUCUGGUAUGUAGUAGUUAAUAAAAGAACAUGGAUUAAAAUAAUAAA